AGCUCUCGUCCUUUCACCUCCCCUUCUUUUCGUUGUAUUAUUUUUUCCCUCAGAAGUUGCAUUGGGGCGGGCCAUCAUUCUUUUUUUAUUUAUUGUAUAUGUGCUGAGCAUCUAUCUGUCUUUCUACGUCGAGCUUUUCCGCAGCUGUCGUUCACGCGGGAAGUCGAACUACCCCUAUCCAUCCGUACUGAAGAGCUACCACCUGGUGUGGAUCAUCUUCAACAUGCCUUCUUUUCUUCAGACCUUCCUCCUCCUCGCUCUCGUCUCCUUCGUUCUCGCCGCUCCCUUCCCCGAACAGGUCCAAAAGCGAAGCUUCAAAGUCGAGCGGGUAGCAAACCCCCACUUCAAGCGGUCACUGGGCCACAAACGGGCUCCUGGCGCUGGGCCAAGAGCGCUCGUCAGAGCAUACAGGAAAUUUGGCAUGCCCCUCCCGGAGGCCCUGGGUGCCAUCAUCGCCAAUGCGGGCGCGGGUUCUUCAGCAGCUGGGUUAGCUACUGAACUGUCAGACAUCCUGGGCGACGGUGGAGAAGCAGGAUCAACAUCCAAGGGCAAGGAGAAGGGCAAACCCAAGCUGAGGCCGUCCCCAGCGCCUACAGGGCUACCCUCCGCCGCGCCUCCAGCGACUGGCGUACCCAAAUUCAGCAACAGUACUGGCGGGGCCGGGAGCGUCGCAAACACGCCUGAGGCCGGCGAUGUCGAAUACCUCGCGCCAGUCACGAUUGGAGGCCAGACAGUGAACAUGGACUUCGACAGCGGCUCCUCGGACCUCUGGGUCUUCAACACGCAACUCAGCCUGAACACGCUGUCCGGGCAUAUGGCCUACAACCCGGCGCAGUCCAGCACCUUCCAGCUGCUCCCAGGCUCGACCUUCAGCAUCUCGUACGGCGAUGGCUCAGGCGCCGCAGGCAACGUCGGCACUGACACGGUGAACAUCGGCGGGGCCACCGUGACAGGGCAGGCCAUCGAGCUCGCCACGGACGUGUCCACGAGCUUCGUCACCGACACUCAAUCGACGGGCCUCAUUGGGCUCGCCUUCAGCAAGCUCAACACGGUCAAGCCGGUGCAGCAAAAGACCUUCUUCGACAACGCCCUCGCGACGCUGCCCGAGCCCGUCUUCACGGCCGACCUCCGCCACAACGCCGCCGGCACCUACGAGUUCGGCGCCAUCGACUCGACCAAGUUCUCGGGCCCGCUCGCCUGGACCCCCGUCAACACCACCAGCGGCUUCUGGCAGUUCACGUCGCAGGCCUUCGCGGUCGGCGGCGGCGCCCCGAGCACCAGCGUGCCCGGCGGCCAGGCCAUCGCCGACACGGGCACCACGCUCAUGCUCGCGGACCAGAGCGUCGUCGAUGGCUACUACAGCCAGGUGCAGGGCGCGGUGAACAAUGCCACGGUCGGCGGCGUCACGUUCCCGUGCAGUGCGACGCUGCCGGAUCUGCAGAUCGAUGUCGGAGGCACGAUGGCUACGGUCCGCGGGGAUGAUAUUAAUUUCGCCCCGGUGGAUCAGACUGGUACUACCUGCUUCGGCGGUCUCCAAGCCACGACCGUGCAGCCGCAGAUCUACGGCGAUAUCUUUUUCAAAUCAAACUUCGUCGCUUUUAACGGCGGGAAUAACAGUCUCGGGGUAGCUCCGCAUCAAUAGUUUUGUUUCCUCGGGGGGUUUUUUGCUUUUUGUUGGGAUGGGUUGGGAUGGGAUGGGUAUGUGUGCGUAGAAAAAGGAUGGGAGAAGAAAAGAAGGAGGUGUGAUUGAUGGAUUGAUUGAUUGGUGAUAGAUGGGAUAAAAAGAUGAAGAAGA